UGGCGUCCGCCUUCCCUCAGUGAAGAUGGCGGAGCGCGGCACGCAGCGCCGGCGGCUGCGGUGAGGGUCAGUGUGCGGGGCCGGGCUGGCGACGGCGGCUGCGGUGAGGAUGCACCCCAAUGGCACACAGAGCCAAGUUCCCAUGUAGAGCUUGAAUAAUCAGCGCCAUUCCUGGCUUCUCUUCGGAGCUCAGUUUUUUGCCAAUACUUCUAACCUGACACUUCACCAGAGGCACUUCUGAGAGUUUCUCAGUGUUUUUUACCACAUAAACAGGGGUCACAGGGCACUGCUAUUAUGUCCUGGGUACAAGUAGCAGUCAGCCAAUCCAGUGAGGAUAUAUUUGAUGAAGAUGCAGAUGAGAUGUAUCUACUACAGAAGGAAUGGAACAGCACUAUGAAGAAGAGAUUGAAGGAAGGCUAUAGGGAUGGAAUUGAGGCCGGGAAAGAACUUGCACUCCAGACAGGCUUUAAUCAAGGUUACAGACACGGUGCCAAGCUGAUGAUUACAUGUGGCCAGUUCAAAGGAACCCUGAAUGCUCUCUUAUCCUGGUGUCAUUUUAAUGGACAUAAUUCUGCUCUAAGUACAAUAAAUAAUCUUCUUGAUGUGGUUGGAAAGCAUGAAGAUGAUGUGCUUAAGUAUCUGAAUUCUACUGAAGAAGAGCCACAUCUUGGACACAUUUUAGCCUCAGUUCAGGACAUGGACCUUAAUCACACAGCUGGGACAGAGUACAGGGAAGUUGAAGACGGAAAACACGACGACUGUGGCAGCUCUGGUGAAAACAUUUGUAGGAAUAAUGGUGUGGUUGGUUCCUUGCAGUCUGAGUGCAGCAAGGCAAAUCUCUGCACAGAUCCUGAAAAGUCAACCCUUGCUUGGGUUAAAAUGCAGACUGUUUGGUUAGUAGAGCAACUGGGCUUAUCACUGGAUGUACUCCAUCAUGUCCAGCAACUGGAAAAUUAGUUUUCCUGUCUCAUGGUACUUCAAACUAUGACAGCUGAUUUUGAUUCUUAGUUUGUGGGCCAUGUAGAGGCUGAUGCAUCACUUUUGCUUUAGGGAAAAUCUAAUUUUGAUGUUUUACAGUAGAAGUAAUUUUUGUAAAUCUUUGCCAUGAUUUUGGCUCUGGGCAAAACCCUUCACUUUCAACCUUAAAGGUAACAUUCACAGAAAGGGGCAGGGACUUUAAAGCUUUACAAAGAGUUACUAAACAUGUUUCUGUUUUGUGUCGGGAGGUCCCAUUUCACCCUCAUUUUUUUCUUGGCAGCAGCUUGGAAAUGAAAUGGGUCCAUUAAAUAGCUCCUUUUAAAUUGGUCCCCUGCAAUAUCAAAAGAGUAAAUGCUAUGGAAAUGGUCAGUGUUUUUGCAGAAUAGGCUGCUGUUGAUGAUAUGCUGUGUGCAGAAUAGAACAUGAUAUGCUGUGAUUCCUAGUGCUGUGACUCUCUAGUCACUUUUUGUCAAAUUCUACGUGUUAUCUUUUCUACCCACGAUGCAAUGCACUUUCACAGUUAAAAACUAUAUUCCCCUCCUUAUACAGUUUCCCCUUCUUAUAUAGUUAUAUUUGUCACUUUUGCUGAAAACUCACUAUUUUCCUCAAAUGCAGAAUUGCUGACAAUUCCUUGUUUUACUUUUAGACAUCUACUCUUAUCAUGUCAGACCACACUUAAUAUGCUUCCAGUCCAAUGAACAUCCUUUCGUUAUUUUUGUAUUUAUUUUGUCAGUCCAUCUAGCCUGAUCUCUUUCCCACAUUCCAAUAAUGUUUUUCUCAAACUCUUCAAGGAAGCCAAGCUUAUUCACUACCUCUUAGAAGCACAUUGGCCACACAUGCCUGUUUCUGAUUAUUCUGUAACUAUUCUGUAUUUGACUUGCUUUCCCAUUGCUUUCCUUCACUGUAGCUGUAAAUUGCUCUGUUUGGGAAGUUUUUUCUUCGUGAAUGCCUCUGUUUUACACUAAUUAAACUGAUUUAUAGUAAGUUCCCA